UCAUGCAUACGUCGGUCAAACGAUCCAAGAUGUCGGCGACAAAGACCGAGAAGAAUCUGCUGAACACAAGAGACUUUAGUAGGGUCGUUUUAACAUUAGAAAAUGUAUUGCUUCCCGAUGAUAAGCGUUCACCGACACCUUCAAUGCAAGAUGGACUUGAUAAUGAUACCGAAACAGAUCUACGCAUACUUGGUUGCGAGUUAAUCCAAACGGCUGGUAUCCUGUUGAAACUUCCACAGGUUGCCAUGGCUACAGGACAGGUCAUCUUUCAGAGGUUCUACUAUUCCAAGUCUUUUGUCAAACACAAUAUGGAGAUCAUAGUCAUGGCAUGCAUCUACUUAGCAUCUAAAAUAGAAGAGUGUCCAAGAAGAAUGAGGGAUGUGAUAAAUGUAAUCCAUCACAUCAAACAAGUGCGCAAUCAAAAGACAAUUCAUCCUCUCCCGCUUGAUCAGAACUACAUCAACCUCAAAAAACAAGUAAACAAUGCCGAAAGAAGGGUACUGAAGGAGCUAGGAUUUUCUGUGCAUGCUAAAAAUCCUCACAAGGUGAUUGUCAUGUUCCUGCAAGUGUUGGAAUGUGAGAAAGACCAGAAAUUGGUGCAGUGUGCAUGGAACUACAUGAACGAUAGCUUCAGGACUGAUGUGUUUGUGCGGUUUCAUCCUGAGGUGAUCGCCUGUGCCUGUAUCUAUUUGGCAGCAAGACAACUACAAAUACCACUGCCCAGCAGUCCACCAUGGUAUUACCUGUUCAGUGUGGAGGACGACGAAGUCUCCGACAUCUGUCUCACUAUUCUACGGCUUUAUGCUCGUCCUCGGCCAAACUACGAUAAACUUGAAGCCAAGGUGAACGAUGCUAAGAAGAUACAGAUUGAAGCCAAGAUGAAAGCAAAGGGAGUCUCGUCUGAAAAUGGAACACCAAAUCAUUCAUCUCGGACUAAUUCCCCAAAGAAUGUCAGUCCUAACCCUGCUCUUCUUCCCAGUAUCAAAAGGCUAAAGGCAGAAGAAGACAGAGACUCUGAAAGAGGCUCUAUAAAAAAUCAUUCAUCAAAAAAGAAGCACAGUCACAGUCCAAAUGAUAGAAGCCGGUCUCGGUCCAGAAGUCGACAACGGUCGUCUCUGUCCAGGUCUAGUCGAAGCUUAAGUCGAAGCCCCUCUGUGAAACGGAGGAAAAACAGGAGUUCUCCACAUAGGUACAAGAAAGAUCGCUAUUCAAGUCCAGAUCGCUACAUCUCUAAAGAACACAAACAUUCCCGCAAGAGGAAGAAGCACUCGCAUUCCAAAAGUCGCAGUCCAUCACUGAACAAGUCUCCAGAUCGCUAUAAGGCAAGCCAUAAAAAGUAUAAGCAUGAGAGAGAUCGGUAUCACUCACCAGAACGCCACCACAAACGACACAGGAAUGGCCAUCGAAGUCCUUCACCAAGAGACCGUUACGACAAAUAUCGAAGAUGAUGGUUGUAAUGUCUAGGAAACGUUGAGGCAUGAUAUUGAACAAUUGAAAAAUGAUUGAAACUGAAGCAAUUAUGUUUAUUUGUGUUAAGAUGCGUCUUAUUACAUCACAAGUGAGAAGAAGAAUUGAAAUUGCUUCAAAAUCUAGGUUGAUUUUUUUUUUUUUUAUGUUAAGGUCUUAAAGUUUAAAAAAAAUUAAGACCAUAUUUGUGUGCCUUACGAAAGGGGCAUAUAAAGCUUGUCUAUUAAUUUUUCUUCUUUAAUUUUGUUUUCACAUGGUGCUACCAACAAAGCUGAAAAAUAACGGCUCAUGAUGAUAUAAUGUCUUUGUGGCCAUAAAAUUUAUAUCUUAUCUAGCAAGAUAUUUCUGCUCAAAGUGUGCAGGAAAUAACAUUAUAUGACUGCUUAUUUAAUGCAUAAUUUUUUUUAUUUUUUUUUGUUCAAAUUAUGCAUAUAUAUAUAUAUAUACACAAUGAAAAGUGUCUUUAUGGAUAUUCAAUCACUGUUAUAUUGCCAGUAUUUGUAUUUUUUAACACUUGGCCAACACAGGUGUUGGGGCAUUGGUAUUGAAAUUAGGUUGAUAGUACAAAAAAAAUCUGCGAUAGAGAUACAUUUCUGCAGCAGACUUUAGGGGAAAAGAAAGUAUAAAAGUGCUAAAUGAUUAUUUAAGAUUUGCCAUGUUGAUAAAGAUGUGGUGUGUUUUCACAUUCUGUAAAUCAUUCAUUUAUUGAAACUUAGGAAGCAAUAUCGUAGAUGAAGAAGUAUCAACAUUAAGUUACUUACAACAUAGGACCAAUCGUGUUUACUGGACUGCUUUAGGUCUAGAUCAUUUAAGUUGAUGGAACAUGCAGUACGGGUACUUGCAUUUUUGUUUAGUUGGGUUGGUGUGUAAAUUGAAGGACUAGUGUGAUAUAGAAUGGUAGAAUGUGUUUAGAUGUUUGUGAUGAAGAUGUGAAAUAUGUACAUACAGACGAAUGUAUCUCGAUGAGCAAGGAAGUUGGAAGGAGAAGGUAACAAGGGUGUGUUGUAGGUGUAAGUUGUUGGGAGCAAGGCAGUAUUUGUGAUCUUUCUCUACACAAAUUGUACAUUUAUGUAUUGGAAUUGGUAUGAAGCUUUUUAAUACAAAAUUUUUAAAUUGUAA